AUUCAGCGGGUUAGCGGAGCUAGCUAGCACAGCUUCGUCUGAAAGUUGUUUUCCGGUCUCGUUAAGAUGUCAGAAAACCCUCCGAGGCGUCCGGGGGUCGGCGUCGGGGUCCUGGUGACGGACUCAGCCCACCCGGGAUGCGUUCUGCUGGGGAGGCGGAGGAGCGCCGUGGGCAGGGGGAAGCAGCAGCUCCCCGGGGGGCAUCUGGAGUUCGGGGAGACGUGGGAGGAGUGCGCUCGCAGAGAAGUGCUGGAGGAGGCCGGGGUGCAUCUGCUGGACGUCUGCCUCGCUUCAGUGGUGAACUCCAUCCGGCUGGAGGAGCAGUACCACUAUGUGACCAUCAUCAUGCGGGGCCGGCUGGACCGGACGAGGUCUGGGGAACCGCAGAACCUGGAACCGGAGAAAAAUGAAGGCUGGACGUGGACCCGCUGGGAUGAGUUUCCUCCAGAGGAGCAGCUCUUUCUGCCGCUGGCCGGCCUGAGACAGCAGGGCUACCAUCCGUUCAGGGACACCCAGACUCAACACUGAGACUCCUUCAAGUAGCAUAUGCACUGUUUUUUAUAUAAAAAACAAACCAAAACAAAUUGUUUCUUUUGUUGGCAGUGAUUGCAAACAGACAAAGCUUCAAAAAUGAGAUGCAUUUCAACAUCAUUUAUGAACACAGUUUUUGUGUCUAAGGUGCAGAUAUGCCAACUAAACAUUCUAUUUUCAACAAGUCCUCCAACCCACGCCUCUAAUUACCACCAUGGGGAACAUUUUGAAAUCCAGCACCCUCCAGUGACCAUGUAAAUAAUGACAGACACCAGGACAUUGGUGCGCCCUGUACGGACAGCAGAAAGGACUGAGUGGAGUCGGUCCACCACAGAUGUGAUCCUGAGGGAAGACAGAACAACGUACUAAAAUCAACAAUAAAUGUCCCAGCCGAGAGCUGGAUAGAGAGCGAUAGAAAAAGCAUCUGCCUCCUCCAAGAGCCAAGCAAGCUCAAUUUUGGAACUAAAUUUCUCCCGAAGCACUGUUCGGAUCAGAAAAUCCUUCUGGAUGAGGAAAUUGUUCUAUGUUAUUCUAUAAACAACGUGAAAGCUGUUUAAACCGAACUUAUCUUUCAAAGCGCAAAAAAAAAAUAAAAAAUAAAUCCAGUCCGUGACGCACAUCAACUUCCUUCCGGGUCAGAGAUCAGAGUCCUUAGCAACCAGUCGUGGUUGCUAACGACGCACCGAGCAACAGCGCUGCAGAGGAAGCCGUCAGAAGGCACGUAGAAAUGAAAAAAACUGCAGAUCAUCACAUCCAUAAACCGAGUGUGAACUUUGAAGAUAAAGAGGAUAUUUGUCUCUGGACAACUGUGUAAACAACAAUAUUCAUUCUACAGAUUUAGUUUUUCUGUUUUGUUUGUGUGGUUGAUGUUGUGGCUUCUGAUCUGUUUCAGAAACGAUUUCAAAGGUUUUUGUUCUGUUUUGAAAAAUCAAGCUGAAGUCAUUCAAUGCAGAGUUGUAUUUGUGGUUAAAUGUAUAAAGGGCAACUUGCUGAACUGUCAGUGGCCGUGACAUUAUUUACACCGUCACUAGAGGGCGCUUGAUUUCAAAACGUGCACUGUGGUCGUAAUUAGAGGGAUGAAUUAACGACCACUGUGGUCGUUCGACUUGGAGGACAGU